AUGGAGUACGCAAAAGAUAUUAUCGAGACAAGACAUGUCAGGAAGUACAAAAAUAGGAGCGAGAAAUGCCAGCGCGAUCACAAGAUGAUAUUUGAAAGGGUGAAGCUGAAUGGAAUCAAAAUGGAUUUUGUUUCAGCUUAUAUUGAUCGUAUAAUUGGCACAAAAGUUACAUAUCUUAACCUAUUAUCUUUUGCCAUUGACAUUUCUUCGGUUUUAGAGAUCAAACUUGAUAGAUUAGCAAAAAGAAAUAGAAAUGCAUUGUUAUGCUGGUAUGCAGAAAAUUGGGAAAGGAUACAACCUCAUAUACAAAAGCUUAAAACCAUGAAGGAAUAUAAUCUGAAGACACAAAUCGAUUUAUCAAUUUCGAAUUCACCUCAAAACCAUCAAAUAGACGAAAAAGUGGAUCCGACAAAUUUAUGGCAGCUCCUCAAUCAUCAUUAA